AAUUUUCGAAAACUCAUCCAUUAUAGUGGAGCAGCAAAAUUGAGCCCCACCCUUGAUUUCGAACGAUUCUUGUAUGGAUAUUCUGUAUUGGCCUCCGACCUCACCGACGACCACGAUAAUCACCCCACCAUCACUGACACACCUUCGUUAUCACAGGCUUUGCGGAUUGUUCACCUCACUGGAUUUUGUUAUUCACCGCGUCCACUUGGCGGUGGCUUUCACCAGCUACCCUUGCUCCAAUCUCUCGCUGAAACUGGUGGAUGA